GAAAAAAAAAAACAUUCCCAGAACUCAACGUAUUAACUGAAUUCCUAUAAAUAUAAUGGCCGGUAAAGGAAAAGGAAAGAAAAAGGAAAAGAAAGAUGCAGAUGAAGGUACAGCUGUUGGAAUAGAUCUGGGAACAACAUAUUCCUGCGUGGGAGUCUUCCAGCACAGCAAAGUGGAAAUCAUAGCUAACGACCAGGGUAACAGAACAACACCAUCCUACGUCGCUUUUACUGAGACAGAGAGAUUAAUUGGAGAUCCUGCGAAGAACCAGGUGGCGAUGAACCCAAAGAACACAGUUUUUGAUGCUAAACGCCUCAUCGGACGAAAAUUCGGUGAUCCAAAAGUACAACAAGACAUAAAGCAUUGGCCUUUUCAAGUUAUUUCGGAAGGUGGUGAACCAAAAAUUGUCGUCGAAUAUAAAGGGGAUACAAGGAAAUUCGCUCCUGAAGAGAUAUCUUCAAUGGUUUUAACGAAAAUGAAAGAAAUUGCGGAAAAGUUUCUGGGUGGCGUCGUGAAUGAUGCAGUCAUCACUGUACCGGCUUAUUUUAAUGAUUCUCAGCGUCAAGCUACAAAAGAUGCCGGUGUUAUCGCUGGUUUAAACGUUCUUAGAAUCAUCAACGAGCCAACAGCAGCAGCUCUAGCCUAUGGACUGGACAAAAAUUUAAAAGGCGAAAGAAAUGUUUUGAUAUUUGACCUUGGCGGAGGGACUUUUGAUGUUUCAGUACUUCAAAUAUCUGAAGGAUCUCUAUUUGAAGUAAAAUCAACAGCUGGAGACACACAUUUGGGUGGUGAAGACUUUGAUAGCCGAAUGGUAGAUCAUUUUUGUCAAGAGUUUGAAAAGAAAUACAAAAGAAAAAUUAAAGAAAAUCCUAAAGCUUUAAGAAGACUUCGUACCGCUUGCGAAAGAUGUAAAAGAACAUUAUCUUCAAGUACUGAAGCCAGUAUAGAAAUAGAUGCAUUACACGAUGGUAUAGAUUUCUAUUCUAAGCUGUCAAGGGCUCGCUUUGAAGAUUUAUGUUCGGAUUUGUUCAGACAAACUCUUGAACCAGUCGAACAAGCCCUAAAAGAUGCAGGAUUCAAUACGAGAGAAAUACACGAUGUUGUCAUGGUGGGAGGCUCUACUAGAAUACCAAAAAUCCAACGAUUAUUGCAGGAUUUCUUUGGUGGUAAAACGCUAAACAUGUCCAUCAAUCCAGACGAAGCUGUAGCGUACGGAGCCGCAGUGCAAGCAGCCAUUCUCACUGGUAGCAAAGACACACGUAUUCAGGAUGUGCUCCUUGUUGAUGUGAUCCCAUUGUCUCUCGGUAUUGAGACUGCUGGGGGUGUCAUGACACGCUUGGUAGACAGGAACUCAACGAUACCUACCACACAGAAGAAAAUUUUCACCACAUACGCUGAUAACCAACCUGCUGUGACUAUUCGGAUCUACGAAGGGGAACGCGUUCUGACAAAAGAUAACAACCUUUUGGGUACAUUUAAUUUGUCUGGAAUACCACCAGCUCCAAGAGGAGUACCACAAAUAGAGGUAACUUUCGAUGUAGAUGCCAAUGGCAUCCUCAAUGUUAGCGCUGAAGAUAGAAGCACUGGUCGUUCGGAGAACAUUACAAUUUCAAAUGACAAGGGCCGUCUUAGUAAACAGGACAUUGAAAAUAUGCUUAGAGACGCGGAGAAGUUUAAAGCCGAGGAUGAAGCUAUAAAAAAGGGAGUUGAAUCGAGAAACCGACUGGAGGGAUACCUUUUUGGAUGUAAAGCAGCAGUCGAAAACGCCGGUGAGAGACUGACAGAAACCGAAAAGAACGCAGUUAUAACAGAAUGCAGUGCCCAGCUGCGAUGGCUGGAAGCCAAUCCUGACGCGCCAGAAGCACAAACCGAGCAACGCCUCAAGGACGCCCAGAGAGUCUGCCAACCGGUGAUGAUGAAACUCCAUGGAGCUGGAGGAGCCGGCGCUAGACCUGCUACUUCUGAUGGACCGAGGGUUGAAGAAGUUAAUUAA